GAUCGAUCGAUCAAUCGAUGCUACAUCGUGCGCGACGGCCAGGUUUCCAAGCCAUCAAGCGUGAACGAUGCAUUCAAUGGGCAUGCAGCGGUCAAAGAAGCUUCAGUGAAGGCCAUCAAGCUAGCAUACCGAUGUCUCUUGUCCAGGGAGGCGAACGAAUUCUGCGCGAGGUACGCCGCGAGGCCAUAAUGCAGCCGCUCCAUUUGUUGAUAGAGCUCACCAACCAACAAAGUAUUGCAAAGCCUCAAUGUGCAAGCCUUGUGGCAAACCGGCAAACUACCCUUAAUUCACACUUCAACUUGGUCGCCCAACCCGCCAGACUUUCCGUCGCGACCACCACAGCCACUGCUUUACGACCCCAAGGACAUGCCCAGCGAAAAAGGGUUUCCCAUUCCCGUCGCGAUCCUGCACGCACUUGCGCAUAUCGAGCUCGGCGCGAUGGACAACUACUGGGACACGAUCGUUCGCUUCGGGCCAUCUCAAAGCGACGGCUUAUGUGAACUCCCACGCGCGUUUUACGACGAUUUCCUCAACGUUGCCUGCGACGAAGCGCGGCAUUUCGAGCUGGUCACUGGACGCCUGCACGAGCUCGGGUCGUUCUACGGCCAGCUCCCAGCCCACCAAGCCCUCCUCGCGCAUGCCCACAAUACGCAGAACUGCCUCGCGGCGCGUCUGGCCGUGAUUCCGCUAGUGCAGGAAGCCCGCGGGCUGGACGCGGGGCCCCGUCUGGUGCACAAGUUGAAGUCGCUGGGUGAUCGUGAGUCUGCCGACAUUGUCGCCCAAAUCGUGUUUGAAGAGCGAGGGCAUGUGUCGUGCGGGAUCAAGUGGUUCAAGCACUUGUGUGCAUCUACAAAGCGGGAUCCCGUGGGGUACUUUCACGAGUUGGUCAAGGGUACCUUUCCGGAGGGACUGCCAGGACCGUUCGACUUGGAGGCGCGUCUCGCCGCCAACAUGGACCCGACAUGGUACCAGCCGUUGGAAAUGCCAAAGAAACCCACAAUCAUUCUCGACAAACCCGUAAACCCUGUGAUACCGUUACGCAAGAAGAACGGGAAGGCCAUUUUGAUCGCGGGAAGUGUGUGGCCGGAGCGAACGUCGUCCGCGGCCGGCGUCCGGACAUGCGACAUGAUUGACAUCCUCCUGGACGAAGGAUGGGACGUCGUGUGCAUUUCCCCGAGCCGACUCAAUGCCCACACGAGAGCGUUAGCUGCGACGGGGGUGCACUGCGAGCAAGUGGAUCCCAACAAAGAGGAGGCGCUUGAAGCGUUCAUGUGUUCCCGCGAGACUCCAGUCCAUGUCGCCCUCUUUGAUCGGUAUAUUGCCGAAGAAAUGUAUGGCUGGCAAGUCACCAAGUUGGCCCCUCACGCGCUGCGCGUGUUGGAUUUGCAGGACGUGCACUUUCUACGCAAAGCACGCGAAUUUCACGUGUGCACGGACAAGAAAGACUAUCGAACGACGCUGCAGCCGUCGAUUGAUGUCGAGCCCGUGGCGUCGGUGGUGCUGCGGGAACUCGCGAGUGUGUACCGGUCGCACGUGACUCUAUAUGUGUCCGAGUUUGAAAAGACCAUGCUCACCACCCGAUUCGACGUGCCACCUCGUCGCUUGCGCAAGCUGGACUACAUCGUCCCAGAUGACAAGUUGAACCAGUUCCCACUGAAUUUCAAGGAUCGUCGGCAUGUGGCGGUGGUUGGCAGCUUCAAGCAUGCUCCAAACGUGGACGGACUGCAUUGGCUCAAGGACACCUUGUGGCCCACGAUGCGCCAGUCGCUCCCGCCACAUACGGAACUGCACAUGUACGGAUCGUACGCGUCCGCCAAGGCCAUCAAGAGCCUGCACAACCCACAUAUGAACGUGCAUGUGAUGGGGUUCUGCGACGACGUGCACGAAACACUGGCUUCGUACCGAGUGAGUCUGGCCCCGCUGCGCUUUGGUGCGGGCAUCAAGGGCAAGAUCAUCGACAGCUGGGCCGCGGGAACCCCCGUCGUGUCGACGUCGGUGGGGGCCGAAGGUAUGCACUACCACCCCAACCAGCCAUGGGGCGGCGCGGUGGCUGACUCGCCGGCCGAGUUUGCCGACCGCGUGGCCGCUUUGUACGGCAAUGCGGACGAGUGGACGGCCGCGUACGAAGGGGGGAAGGUCCUCUGUCGAACGCACUACGACUUGGACAGUCAAAGGAGGACGCUGCUGGACGUUGUGGGUAGUCCCACGGAUGUCGACAACUGGGUCGGGCGGGUGCUCGAGUCGAGUCAGUUCCGUGCGACAGAGUACAUGUCGCGGUUCAUUCAAGAAAAGAACAAGAAUCUUACGAGGACUCCGCAAUUGUAAUAUCCUUAAUGCAGACCAUCGAUAUUAUAUAUAUAUAUCGAUGCUAUCG